GUGUUUUAGCCCACUACGGAGAAAUGACAACUCGACGGUCUCGCGCGUUGCAUGCACGUCCACGCUGCUGCGUGGAGAAAGACGUGCACGUUUCUCAUCCCACUGGACGUUUCGGAUAUUUUAUAGGGUUCGUAUUUAAAAGAGGAGCACUAACAUCCGUAAUAUGAUUUUUUUAUAAUUGAUUAAUCGUUUUGAUUGUUGCGACUGAAAAGCAAAGAUGAAAAGUUUCAUUUUCUUCUUGGCGUUUUGCUCCGCUUAUGUGCUGAUGGCGACCGGUCGUCACCCCACUUGCAAUUUCCUGCUGGAGGUGGAAAAAGAUCACGCUGAGUGCAUGACGCGACUGGAAGACCAAGAGAGACGAGCCCCACACAAAGAGGCGGGCUGCAAAGGCACUUGGGACAACAUCACGUGUUGGGAACGCACCGGGAUUGGCCAGACCGCCACCAUACCUUGCCCUCACUUCCUCAGGACCGUCUUUGGCACCAACGGGAACAUCAGCAGGAAGUGCAUGGCCUCCGGAUGGUCCGAGGUGUUCCCCAACAUAACCAGCGCCUGCGGUUCGGACAUGGGCCACGAUAAGCUGGUAUUUUACAUGCUGGUGCAGACGUUGUACACAUUGGGCCACAGCCUAUCCCUUAUCUUCCUCACUACCGGGAGUGCUGUCCUAUUCCUCUUCAGGAAGCUGCGCUGCACCAGGAACUCCAUCCACCUGAACCUGUUCCUGUCGUUCAUCCUGAGGGCGGCUGCCGUGCUGGUGAAGGACCGCCUCCUGUUCGGCCGCGCGGCGCACUGCGGCGCGCAGCCCUCGCUGGUGGUGUGUCGAGCCAGCCUGGUAUUGUUGCAGUACUUCAUCAUGGCCAACUUCUUCUGGCUGCUGGUGGAGGCCUUGUACCUCCACACACUCCUGGUGGCCAUGUUCUCGCAAAACACCCACUUUGCCGUCUACAUGCUCAUCGGAUGGGGCAUCCCGAGCGUGUUUGUGUUGACGUGGGUUCUGACCAGAAUUUACCUGGAGGACACGGGGUGCUGGGAGAGGAACGACAACCCUAUACCCAACUGGGUCAUCAACGGACCCAUCGGACUCGCCGUUGUGGUGAACUUUCUGCUCUUCAUUCGCAUCGUUCGCAUCCUCGUGCAGAAGCUGCAGCGUCCCGACCUGGGCGGGGGCGACCAUUCUCAGUACGGGCGGUUGGCCAAAUCGACUCUCCUCCUCAUUCCGUUGUUUGGGAUCCACUAUGUGGUCUUUGUGUCUCUGUCGGAAUCCAUGGCCGAAGACUACAAGAUCUUUUUCGACCUGGCCCUCGGAUCAUUUCAGGGCCUGGUGGUUGCCAUCCUCUACUGUUUCCUCAACAGCGAGGUCCAAAGUGAGUUGAAGAGGAAGUGGCGUAGCUUGUGCAUGGACUGUAACCUGAAGCGAGCUCAAGCCUUCAGCGCCACACUGGUCUCCUGGAAAGGUUCUGAACACACGGUCCACUUCCAGCGCACCUCCAGAACUCAGUCCAUCCUCCAGUCCGAGACCACCGUGCUGUGACCGAGACUCGCUCGCAUCAACUUGAAGAACUUUGGUCAGCAGAUUGUGCAUUUUAAAGAGCAAAUCUUGGUUCUGCCUCACUGUAAAUAGUUGCGAAAAUACCAUCUAAAAUAUUUUAAUGAAAUACUUUUACCCCAUUCGAUACACUUUAAACACAUAUAAACCUGUUGAGACACAAUUUAACUUAUUUAACAGCCUAUUUGAAAGUAUUCCUUCCCUAUUGUCUCCAAUGGUUAUUUGAAUAAGAAGCAAAGCGUGCUUGCUCCAAGCCGUUUGUCACUGCGGGUUAAAGUUUACUGUAAUAUUGACACUUAAAAUAAAAGCGAAUGAAACAUCUGCUAGCAUAAUGUGCAGAUCCAAAAUGCCUAAGAGGUGCUAACACAUACAAUCGCACUAAACAAGACACUAUUGUAUUAAUAAAAAAGACUGCUAGUUUAAUGCUAACAUAUAAAGCAGAAAGUUAUUGACGCGGUAAUGUAAUAUAAUAUAGAUGACACAGUGAUUUAUAAACUUUAUAACACACACCUAGCAGUACUGCAUACAAACGGAGUAUACAACACUCACAGGCACAUGUCAAUUCCAACCAGGGUUACGGUUUCAAGAAGAAGUAGUGACCAGGAAUAUAGUGUAAAAUACAUAUUUAAAGGUGGGACGUAACAUCAUUGUGCAUCAUAAGUUGAUACUAUAUAAAUAUUUUCAGUAUUUGUAUUUUUGUGCUUGGUCAUAACAGAUAUUUCUGGA